UGACAGACAGCAUGUGCAGAGGGGAAAAGAAGCAGAGGGGUAAGGUGAACAAGGAAAACACAACGUACCCACUCGCCAAUACAGCCCGGCGCAAGUUAUGAAAGGUUUUCCAUGAAACGGGCAGCGAUAAUCCACGCACUGUGUUAAAGCAAUAUUAACUUCGAUUCAGGACCGUGACAUGAUUUCAAUUAGAUCUUCAGUGCAGCCAAAUGUCAAAGUGCGUGUAAUUAAUUGUCAACUUACAGAUGUCAAUGUUUGAGAUGGCCAGCCAUUGUGUCAGGAUUCCAUGUCAUGUUUGAUGGAGGAGUUUGAAAUCUGACAAUGUGAUUAGCCAAGCUGUGUUGAAGAACAACUUAAUUUUUAAUCAGAUUAAUAUCAUGUGAAGAACUGAAGUUGAUAUGCCAAAACAGGAUGGGUGUGAAAGGCCUGCUGUCACAUUGCCUUGAACAGCGUAGUAACUGCGUUCAAGAAUUUGAUCUGGUAACAGUGGCCAGGGAUCGGGCUGGCAUUGAAAUCCUGGUGGACUACUACAGUUUCCAGCAGUUCAUCGUUCAGAAAUUCUGGAAGAGUUUGAGUCAGGUACGACAGAAUGAGUACCUGCGAAUCAUCGGGGCAGAGUACGGCACACUGGACGAGUUUGUAUCCAAACUGGUGAGAGACCUGGAGUCACUCCAGAUCUGGCUGGUGUUUUAUGUGGAUGGAGCCAAGGGCAGUUCACCUACAGGAAUGGAAGAAAAGCUGGACACAUGGAUCAACCGCUUUGAUCAGGAAAUCGGCCGACUCUGCGACUUGCUGGACGUUUGUCGGGGGAUGAGAUCUAUGCAGGACCUACCAGACUCUAGCUCCAUACGUCCAGUACUCCUCGAGCCACAGCUGAUGAGGACUCUACGCCGUUGUGGCUGUGAAGUCCAUCAGUGUGUCUCAGGGGAAGCAGAUCUGAUCAUCGCCAAAGCCCUGGUUAGCAGACAGAAAGCCUUUGCUGUGCUGAGCAAUGACUCAGACUUUUGCAUUUUCCGCGGGAGCUGUUUUAUCCCCCAUGAUCUGUUUGACCUUAAUAAUGAUCUGGGUUUGGGAAAAGCUUCACUGUUUACAGAGAAACCUUUGCGGCUUACAGUGGGUGUAAUUGCAGAGUCCGUACUCGUCAGAAUGAUGGGGUUUCAGGACCACUCUGAGCUUAUUGAAUUAAGCAUUGUGGGAGGAAAUGACUUCACAGGGAAGUUCAUGUAUGCCCGAGGCAAGGAGGAACUUCUCUACAAGCUGGACAUUCAGGGACGGCGCAACAUAGAGAACAUAGCUGGCUGGGUCAAGCAGUACAGGAGAGUGGAAAACCAUACACUACUGGCAACUCAUAUGAAGCGAGAUGCGAAAUUCCAGAGUGCAGUGAACUAUUCUCGUCAGUUCUACAACCUUAACCAGUCUGCUGACCAGCCAGUUCACAAAGGUCCAGCUACUGACCUCCUGAGCCAGGGCAUAGAACAGGGCAGCUUUCCUGCCAGUUUCAUUUCCAUGCACAACAACUUCUACUGGCAUCGAGGUCUGCUUGAGGACACUUCAGGUCCAUGUGCUGAGAUCACACUGUCAGAGUUACGGGCCUUUAUAUACAGGAUGCUGUUACCAUAUCAUGAGGAUCGGGUGAUGGAGUAUGGGGGUAGCUCGCGUGGACGGCUUAUCAAAGCCACGGUGUAUGCGGUGCCUAGAAACUUACACAUCCCUUCUGUCACUUACAUCAAACACAACAAAAUCUUUCAGAAUUUGAGGUUCUUUCAUCAGAUCAUGACGUACCUGGAACCUGAUCGUCAGAUGAACUAUUUUGAUCGUUAUGGGAGGAAAAAUGGAUUCAUCUGCUACCUGUUGAGAUAUUUUCUUCUUCUGAACUGGGGACGGAAUCUUCACCUGUCAGACAGUGAGUUCUUGGCCCUUGUUGCUGUGGUGAUGGGACACCCGAGCGAGCAGCAGUACCAGAGUCUUCCUCUUCAGCCAACGGCCCGUUGUGUCACCAUAGCCAACUGGUUUCAGGAUGUGUAUCGUCAUGCCUACGUGUUCCUGGCUCACCUGUUGCACCUGACUAACGAGCUACCUGAGCCACGGGAGGUCUUCUCAGGCUGUAGCUGGACUGCCUUCCACACCUGUUCCGAGGGCGAAGCUUGGCAAAGAGGGACAAGAAUUCUGAGGAAACAGGAACUCAUCAAAGUACAGAGGGAGAUGAACCGCAUCGUUAAGGAGAAGCGACACGUCAUCAGAUACCUGGUGGAGGAUGUGUUCUACUUUGAUGACCGCUGGUAGAUAUCUGGAGGACCACAAGUUAUAAUUUAAUGGCCUCUGGUGAAGAAUGUUGACAUCAUGUUGCGCCAUCGAUCAUCAAAAGCGGUCAGAAUUGGAUGGAAUCCGGACGUACAUGUUACAUUAAAUGUUCCUGAAAACUCACCAGCACUGAAUUUUAAGUUCCAUCUACUUAAACAGCUGUCCUAGUGUGGACUAAAAGUAGAGGAUUUGGUUUUAUAUGUACCAGUAACAGUUAGAUUGUCAGUGUGUGAUGAUGUUGAGAACUGAUGAUGUUGAGAAACUGGUGAGAACAGUUGCUGGUUGUUGAACGUUUUGGUGAGAAUAGUUGCUGGUUGUUGAAUGUUUUGGUGAGAAUAGUUGCUGGUCCUUGAACUUUCUGGUGAGAACAGUUGCUGGUCCUUUUUGGUGAGAAUGGUUGCAGGUUCUUGAACUUUGUGGUGAGAACAUUUCCUGGUCCUUAAACUUUCUGGUGAAAAUUGUUGCUGGUCCUUGAACUUUCUGGUAUGAAUAGUAACUGGUAUUAUCAUGAUAAUGGUAUAGAUGAUGUACCUGUGUGUCAUCAUGGCAAUGGUAUAGGUGAUGUACCUGUGUAUGAUCAUGGCAAUGGUAUUGGUUAUGUACCUGUGUGUCAUCACAGUAUUGGUGUAAAUGAUGGUAUAGGUGAUAAAACUGUGUGUCAUCAUGGCGGUGGUAUAGGUGACAUACCUGUGUGUCAUCAUGGUGAUGGUAUAGGUGAUGUACCUGUGUGUCAUCAUGGUAAUGGUAUAGAUGAUGUACCUAUGUAUCAUCAUGGUAAUGGUAUAGGUGAUGUAUUUGUGUGUCAUCAUGGCAAUGGUAUAGAUGAUGUACCUGUUUGUCAUCAUGGCAAUGGUAUAGAUGAUGUACCUAUGUAUCAUCACAGUAAUGGUAUAGAUGAUGUACCUGUGUGUCAUCAUGGCAAUGAUAUAGGUGAUAUACCUGUGUAUCAUCACAGUAAUGGUAUAGAUGAUGUACCUGUGUGUCAUCAUGGCAAUGGUAUAGGUGAUGUACCUGUGUAUCAUCAUGGCAAUGGUAUUGGUUAUGUACCUGUGUGUCAUCACAGUAUUGGUGUAGAUGAUGGUAUAGGUGAUAAAACUGUGUCAUCAUGGCGGUGAUAUAGGUGACAUACCUGUGUAUCAUCAUGGUGAUGGUAUAGGUGAUGUACCUGUGUGUCAUCAUGGUAAUGGUAUAGGUGAUGUACUGUGUAUGGUCAUGGUAAUGGUAUAAGGGAUGUACCUGUGUGUCAUCAUGAUAAUGGUAUACGUCUACCUGUGGAUUAUCAUAGUAACGGUGUAGAUUUUUUCUACAAAGGCAUGUAUUUUGUCCAUGAUGUUUUGAUUGCGUUAUGUAAAACUCUGUCCUAGGUACCAGACUACAUGUUGCAUUUCAUCAUUUCACUGUUUUUGUCUGGCAGUCUGUCAGUAUUCCACUUUUUAUUUUAUUUAUUUCUGAUCAUUUCAGGAAAUGUUUCUCUGGUAAUUGAACUUUUGUUUUUUCCAUUCUUUAUUGGCCUUUGUUAUUUUUUGUCAGAAGUUGUGUAGUAGUUACACAAGUCAGUUAUAUUUUGUGCAUAAGCUGUUCAAAGUACAAUUAAAACACCACU